ACUGGAGCGUGUUGAGUUGAGAGAGAGCAACGCUUGGUGGUGGCGGACGCGAGCGCGGUCGCAAGCUGACGCUGUCGCGCGCAACUGCGCAGCUUUGCGGCCGAGGCAACAAAAGUGAGGCCCAUGAACGGUUAAACCCUAGAGACAAAGGAAAGAAGGGGGCGGGGAAGCACGUGACCGGCGGCGCCCUUUGCUCGACCCUCGGCUCGCCCGCAUCUCUCUCCGGCGCAGGCGCCGGCUCUGGCCAUCGCUCCAACUUGACAUGGCUGCGACGGCACCGGCCUUCACGGGCAACCUGAAGAAAGCACUUGCAGGUCUGAGAAGAAUCAAUUUAGAUGGUCUGCGAUGGCGUGUAUUUGAUGCUAAGGGUCAGGUGCUUGGACGAUUGGCUUCCCAAAUAUCUGUUGUGCUUCAAGGCAAGGAUAAACCGACCUAUGCACCACAUGUGGAAAAUGGAGACAUGUGCAUUGUACUUAAUGCAAAGGAUAUUAGUGUUACAGGAAGGAAAAUGACAGAUAAGAUUUAUUACUGGCAUACAGGGUAUGUUGGCCAUUUGAAGGAAAGGAGGCUCAAGGACCAGAUGGAGAAAGACCCAACUGAAGUGAUUCGCAAAGCUGUGCUGCGCAUGCUUCCCCGCAACAGACUGCGUGAUGAUAGGGAUCGCAAGCUGAGGAUAUUUUCUGGAAAUGAGCAUCCAUUCCAUGAUCGCGCUCUUGAACCUUUUGUUAUGCCGCCACGGCAAGUACGCGAGAUGCGCCCCCGUGCAAGGCGUGCAAUGUUAAGGGCCCAGAAAAAAGAGCAGGCAAACAGAGCCAAGGAGGAAGAAGAUGCUAAGAAUGCCACAGCUGAGGUCACCGCAUAGACUCCUGAUGUGAAUUUGCAUUCUGCAAAUUUACUAGGAUUAUAUUUUUUUUUGCUUGAUAACCUUUCAAGUGGAGUAGGCACUAGAAUCUGCGUGCCAACCUCGUUCUGAAUCACCUUUGUAUUUCUAUUACAAUUUGUACUGGAACCCUGCUUGUCACAGCUGCUUUCUGCAAGUGAAUAAGGCUCUCUGAAUUGUUGAACUCCCUGUUCGCCAGCCGUACCGUUUCAGCGAAA